AUGAUCAAAUCAUUCAGGAAAAGCAAGAGACUGUCAAGCUCUUCUAGCUCGCCGAAAAGGACAAUUUCAAGGGUUUCCUCGCAUACGCUUGACUCAGACAAUGCACUUCAAUCGCCAAAAAAAGUUAUCAAGGCAUUGUACGACUACAAACCACAAGGUCCUGGUGAGUUGAGAUUCAACACCGGGGAGUUUUUCCAUGUGUUGAAUGUAUCGGAUGACCCAAGACACAGAGAAGCUGAGGAGAAUGGGUGGUAUGAAGCCACGAAUCCUAUGACAAAUGCCAAGGGAAUGGUACCAAUAAGCUAUUUUGAGGUAUUUGACAGAUCGCGACCAUCAACAGUGUCAAACCAGAGUACGAGUCUGCGUGGAGGGUCUCGUUCCCUGAACCCAAAUCAAACAUUGUAUGCCGUCACCUUGUAUGAAUUCAAAGCAGAAAGAGACGACGAGCUUGACGUUUUACCAGGAGAAAACUUGAUUAUAUGUGCCCAUCACGACUAUGAGUGGUUUAUAGCCAAGCCUAUAAAUAGACUAGGAGGCCCGGGUUUAGUUCCAGUUUCUUAUGUUAAAAUUAUUGAUUUGUUGAAUCCACUUGCAUCAGAUUCAACCGUUGACACUUCAAACCAGGAGCAGAUUGUUGAACUUAUAAAUAGUUUCAAAAUUCCAUCGGUAGAGCAGUGGAAGGACCAGACGGCCAAAUACCAAGCAUCAACUAUUCCACUUGGUCACAUUUCAAGCACAAAAGCGCCCCCACAAUCGUCUACAUCACAAUUCUUUGACGGGCAAGCAUCAAAUUCAAACAGAUCAUCAUUAGUGUCUAUUUCCAUCAUUGACGCUAGUGUCGAUUCUUACCAACUAGAUCACGGUAGGUAUCAGUAUUUGAUAACCGCCAGACUAUCUAAUGGCAAGAUCAGGCACCUUUACCGUUACUACCAGGACUUUUAUGACUUGCAGGUAAAGUUGCUAGAGUUGUUUCCGUAUGAAGCCGGAAAAAUCGAGAAUUCGAAACGAACAAUACCAUCCAUACCUGGGCCAUUGAUUAAUGUUAACGAUUCGAUAUCAAAAUUGAGGCGGGAGAAAUUGGAUUUUUAUUUGUCCAAUUUAAUUGCACUUCCACCACAUAUCUCGCGAUCAGAAGAAGUUUUGCGCUUAUUCGAGGUGUUGAAUAAUGGAUUUGAUCGUGAAGUAGAUGCCCCCAACCGCCGAGGCUCCAAGCCAAUUAGUCAAAAAUCAAACUCACAUCAGGAUAGAAUGUCGCAAUAUUCCAACUUUGGAAUUCACCCUCGAGCAUCUGAACACUCAAACGAGUCGUAUAGGUCGAGGGAUUCUUCAAGCGGGAACUUGCUUCUAGACACUGAGAAACAGCAACAAAAAGUUAAGGUUAAAUUUUACUACGAAGAUGAUAUAUUUGCAUUAUUAUUGCCGUCAAAUUUACGACUUCAAGAUUUGAAAACUAAAUUAUACGAUAGAUUAGAAUUGGACGAUCUACAGCAACAUGAGUUUAUUCAACCUAAGACAAUUGACUCAGUUAGAUUAUUUUUGAGAAAUGAUUACGAGGACUUUGUCAAUGAAUAUGGAAUCAAGCAGAUUGAUUUUAAUGCACAUGGCGCAAAAUUAGAGGAGUUUGAGAUUGACAACGAUGAGAAAUUCCACGAGGUGCUCUAUGAGAAAUGUAAGUUGAUCAUUUUAAUAACGUGA